CUGACACAAAACAAACGAAAACUAUAAGACAAGAACGUGUUGUUCGGCCAUUGAAAACUCCCUUACAAGACACUUCACAAUCUCUCUUUCUGCAAUCUUUGUACAAAUAUAAACAACAACCACACCACCGAAGCAAAACCAGAGCUCUUUUGUAACAGCAAUGGCAAACGAAGAUCUUGAACGGGGAAAACAUAGAACCAACGCCUAUAAUUCUGCUUCUUAUUAUGUUGACUCCAAUGAUCAUCAAUGGACUUCUUGGUUGAUCCCCAUGUUUGUGUUGGCUAAUGUUGCUGUGUUCAUUGUAACCAUGUAUGUCAACAAUUGUCCCAAGCAUGCGGAUGGUUCUUGUGUUGCUAAGUUUCUCCGCAGGCUAUCCUUUGAGCCCCUUAAAGAAAAUCCUCUCUUUGGUCCUUCUUCUACUACAUUAUUAAAAAUGGGAGGCCUGGAGUGGACUAAGGUAGUGCAUGGACAUCAAGGAUGGCGACUAAUCACCUGUAUCUGGUUACAUGCCGGUGUUAUUCAUUUGCUGGCAAAUAUGUUGAGCUUGGUCUUCAUUGGGAUUCGCCUUGAACAGCAGUUUGGAUUCUUGCGGGUUGGUCUCAUCUACUUAUUAUCAGGAUUUGGUGGGAGCAUUCUGUCGUCGCUUUUUAUUCAACACAAUAUCUCUGUUGGUGCUUCUGGUGCUUUGUUUGGACUUCUUGGAGCCAUGUUAUCUGAGCUUCUUACUAAUUGGUCAAUUUAUACUAAUAAGGCUGCAGCUCUAUUGACUCUUGUGGUCAUUAUCGCCAUCAACUUAGCCGUCGGAAUUCUUCCUCACGUUGACAAUUUUGCACAUAUUGGAGGUUUCUUAUCUGGGUUCCUCCUGGGGUUUGUUUUGUUACUUCGUCCUCAGUUUGGUUGGGCAGAGCGCCAGCAUCUUCCUGCUCAUGCUCGUGUGAAAUCUAGGCAUAAGGUUUACCAAUAUGUUUUCUGGAUUGUCGCCUUGGUUUUACUAAUUAUCGGAUUCACGGUGGGAUUGGUGAUGCUAUUUCGUGGAGAGAAUGGAAACGAUCGCUGCAGAUGGUGCCAUUACCUAAGUUGUGUACCUACCUCAAAAUGGAACUGUGGGAACUAAUGACAGUUUUCCACCUUUCUGUACUUGCAUGUUGUUUAUCUUUAUAUUACACUCUGGUUCUUUUGUUCUUUACCUUUUUAAUUACAUAUUCAUUUGUUUAUUGUUUGGGAUGGAUGCUCUAACUUGUGUACAUGCAUAGUUUGUCUCCUUGGACAUGAAGUUUAGUUGUAUCUGGUUUACACGGGAUGUCUUCCCAUUGUAUGAAUGCAAAGAAAUUAGAAAUUUAAAAA